AUGAUUUAUUUAACAACGUUUUUUUUAGUACCUCGAACUGUUUAUUCAAAAGCAGAUGCACAUCGUGAUCAAAUAUUAUUUGAAUAUAUUUUAGAUGAAUUUCAAACACUUUUAAAAUCAACAAUGGAUCUAGAUGAUCAAUUUAGUGAUGAUACAAAUGAAUGGUUAUUGAUUGAUCAUCGUCUUCAAUCAAUUAAAGAAAAUUUUCAAUUUUUAUUUCCUAGAAAAAACCGUAAACAUCGAGAAAUCAAAACAAAUCUUAUUCAAGCAGAAGAUAUAAAACAUGCUAUAAAACUUCAUCGUUUUAUUUCUAUUCAUGAUGAUCUUGAAAUACUUCAUCAACGUUUAAUUAAUAUAAAUUAUCGUUUAAAAUCUCUUUUAUCUGGUGAUCAAUUACGUAUAAUAAAUGAUUUAAAAUUAAUGUUUGAUCGUUUAAAUUUAAUAAAACGAAUUGUUAAAAUUUAUUUUGAACGUUUAGAAAAAUGA